CUCCCUCUCUCUCGCUCUCAUAUUUUCUUUCGGAGCCGGGUUUUAAUCCGAUAUAUUCGCAGUCCCCGGCUGUUUGUCUCCUCCCCACGCUUCCACUGUGUGAAAGAGAAACUUCAGCCAAAAGAAAAAGAAUUAGUUCAUUCGACUUAUAACUGUCGGUGGACGGGGUGGAGUUUAUUUUCUGUUUGCAGGAACGGCCAUAGAUUUCUCAUUUUCUGAGGGUACAGAGAGAAAAAAAGAAUAAAGGAAAAACAAGAAAAAAAAAAAUAUAUAUAUAUAUAUAGAGAGAGAGAGAGACAUGAAAUAAAGAGAGAGAAUCGCUUGGUAUAUAAGCCAUUACAGCUGAAGCCACGGCCUCUGUAUCCAUCUGUACCACCUCUCAAUAUAGACUGAUAUAUUCUAUAUAUUUCUGUAUCUUUCUCUCUAUAUAGAUUAUAAUAGACGAAGAGGUGUUAAAUCGAGCUUCCUUUUGGUUUCCAAGCGAGGAAUUCCGGAGCCACUGGCCAUGGCGGAGUCAAGCUCAAGCGACUCCGUUUCUGUCGAUGUCGAGACCAUUUAUCUUGGCGGAAAGGAACAUAUUGUAAGGACUGGCCGUGGUUCUGUGUCUGUUAUAGUAUACGGAGACAGAGAAAAGCCUGCACUAGUCACUUAUCCUGAUUUAGCUCUAAAUCACGUGUCUUGUUUUCAAGGAUUGUUCUUUUGUCCGGAAGCAGCUACUUUGCUGCUACAUAAUUUCUGCAUCUAUCACAUUAGUCCUCCUGGGCAUGAGUUGGGAGCUGCAGCAAUUUGUCCUGAUGAUCCAGUUUUGUCUGUUGACGAUUUAACAGAUCAAAUAAUUGAGGUUCUAAAUUAUUUUCGGCUGGGUGCAGUGAUGUGCAUGGGGGUGACAGCUGGAGCUUACAUCCUCUCCAUGUUUGCUAUGAAGUAUAGGGAGCGGGUCCUGGGAUUGAUCCUUGUAUCUCCACUAUGCAGAACCCCUUCCUGGACCGAGUGGUUUUGUAAUAAGGUGAUGUCAAAUUUGCUAUAUUACUAUGGGAUGUGUAGUCUGCUGAAGGAGUGCUUACUUUAUCGGUUCUUCAGCAAGGUAUCCUUGUAUUCUGAUCAAUCAGAAGUUCGUGGUAGUGCAGAAGUUCCAGAAUCAGAUAUAGUCCAAGCUUGCCGAAGAUUGCUAGAUGAGAGGCAAAGCUUAAAUGUCUUUCGAUUUCUUCAAGCUAUUAACAGGAGACCUGAUAUUACUGAAGGCUUAAAGACACUGAAAUGUCGAACACUAAUAUUUGUCGGGGAGAAUUCUCCUUUCUAUGGUGAGGCUCUCCACAUGACAGCCAGACUGGACAGAAGAUACUGUGCUUUAGUUGAGGUCCAGGCUUGUGGAUCAAUGGUGACAGAAGAGCAGCCUCAUGCGAUGUUGAUACCCUUGGAGUACUUCUUAAUGGGGUAUGGAAUGUACCGACCAAGCCAGUUUACUGGUAGCCCUCGGAGUCCUCUGAGCCCAACUUGCAUAUCACCGGAGCUUCUCUCUCCAGAAAGCAUGGGAUUGAAACUAAAACCAAUCAAAACUCGGAUUUGAUAUUGACUAUCCUGAACAGACCAAGAAAAUGUUGGAUUCAAAUUACAUCUUGUAUAUGAAUAAUCGACGUUUUUUUUUUUUAAUCUUUUUUGUAAUUCUAUUCAAUUGUUUUGUUAAUGGGGUAGAUAUGUUUGUAGAUAUAGACAUAGGAUGAUGAUGAUAUUCUUUAAUGGAUAUAGACGGCGGAGAUAUGAAUUCAUUCAUUUGUAGUUCAGUCAUAAAAAUUCUCUCGGAGUUGUAACUUCUUGAAAGAGACAUUUUAAUAUAUGAUGAAAAGCGAUCAAUAAUUGAGUUUGU